AUGGAGCUGCGUCAACUCACCAUCGACACAAACACAGUCAACAAACGCAUCAAACUGUCUGACAACAACAGGAAGAUGACACGUGUGAAGGAGGAUCAGUCAUAUCCUGAUCAUCCAGACAGGUUUGAUUCCUGGUCUCAGCUGCUGUGUAGAGAAGUUCUGACGGGUCGCUGUUACUGGGAGGUCCAGAGUAGAGGAGGAGUUUCUGUAUCAGUGAGUUACAGAAGAAUCAGAAGGAAAGGAAACUCUGGUGACUGUGUGUUUGGAGGGAACGAUCAUUCCUGGAGUCUGAACUGUUAUGAUGGUGGUCGGUACCAUGUCUGUCACAAUGACAGAGUAACAUAUCCCUCCUCAUCUUCCUCAGUCUCUGACAGAGUAGCAGUGUACGUGGACGUUCCUGCUGGAACUCUGUCCUUCUACAGCGUCUCCUCUGACAGACUGAUCCUCCUCCACACCUUCAACACCACAUUCACUGAACCUCUCUAUCCUGGGUUCUGGUUCUCGUCUGGUUCUGGUUGUUCAGUGUCUCUGUGUUGAGUUCAGUCUCCAGAGUCUCGUCCUGUCAGAGAAAUUUUCUCUGUUGGACAGAUAGUUGAGUCUGUACACGUCUGUCUCUGUUUCCACCAGAACACCUGAAUCACACGUUGGUGAAACUGUUCUGAAUGAUUCCUUGGAAACUUCUUCCUCUUCCGGUCCUUUAAAGGUGGAAGCUGCCGUUAUUCCAGGAUCCACAUGUUGUUCUUCUGUCUGUUUCCAGUCAGAGCUUCACCCUGAACAGCAGCAUGUUGUUUCUCUGCAGCUCAGUUCAGCUCAGAUCAUUCACUUCAUGUUCAGCUGCAGGUAGUUUACUGCACAUGUGACCGACUGUGAUGUCAGAGAGGAAUCACUGAGCUGCAAUCAGCCCAGAUGAAGUUACAACCUGCUGACAGAUCUGAGCACAAGGUUGCUGUGCAGCCAGGGUUCAUCCUGGUCUUUAUUCACACCACUUCCUGUUCCAGCCAUGACAUCACUACUGGACUGUCAGGUCUCUGUCAUAGUAAAGGGUUUGUUUAUAUGUGAGCUCUCACCAAGAUGAAUAAGAUGAUCCAUCCAUCAUCUAGAACCGCUUCUUCAUGUUCAGGGUCCCGGGGGUCGGCCUUGUUGAUUUUAAAUGUAAUAUGAUGAUUUUUAUGUACAUUUGUCAGUAGAAGGAGAAAUCAACAACAAUAAUGUGCUUCUAUGGUUCCUAGACUGUAGAAGAACUGGACAAACCCUCCAUGACGUCAUCUGUAACGUUGGUUUCAGCUCUCAUAUUCUCACCUGAUGAUUCAGUGAGUCAAGAAAACUGUUUGGAAAUAAGAUGUUUUUAUUGCAACCACAGAUUUUAUGGUCCAUCGUCCACUGGAUCACAUUUCUACCAAAUCUAUAUUUCUGUAGAAACCAAAUAUAAUCAGCUGUUUUCCUCCAUCAAAAGCUGUUUCAGCAUCUAGAGUGCAGACUGCAGCUCAGGGAGGUGGUUUUGUGGAUUACCGAUCGAUAUUAAAGUGUUUAUGAUGUCACCACAUGAGUGUUGGUUUGUCUUUAAGCCGCUUAGAUAAA